AUGGGGCGCUUCACCGUUUGGGACUACGUGGUCUUUGCCAUCAUGCUGGCGAUCUCUGCUGCCAUCGGUGUCUACUACGGCUUUGCGAGAGGGGGACAGAAGACCUCCAAGGAUUUCCUCAUGGCGAGCCGCGAAAUGUCAGCCUUCCCCGUUGCCAUCUCCCUCACUGCCAGCUUCAUGUCAGCGAUCACCGUGCUGGGCACCCCUGCUGAGAUCUACCGAAACGGGAUUAUGUUCUGCAUGUUCGCCUUUGCUUACACCUUGGUGGUGCUGUGCAGUUCUGAGAUCUUCCUGCCUGUCUUUUACAAGCUGGGCAUUACCAGCACCUACGAGUAUUUAGAGCUUCGUUUUAAUAAAUACCUGCGCCUCUGUGGAACGAUCCUCUUCAUUAUACAAACGAUGUUAUACACUGGUAUUGUCAUUUACGCUCCAGCUUUAGCACUAAAUCAAGUCACUGGCUUCGACUUGUGGGGUGCGGUGGUGGCAACUGGUGUUGUUUGCACUUUCUACUGCACACUGGGUGGUUUGAAGGCAGUGGUGUGGACAGACGUUUUUCAGGUUGGAAUAAUGAUCGCUGGGUUUUCAUCUGUGAUCAUACGAGCUUCGGUGAUUCGGGGAGGAAUUGGAAUGAUUGUGAACGAUUCCUACCAUGGAGGAAGAUUAAACUUCUGGGACUUUAAUCCCAGUCCUUUGCAAAGACACACCUUCUGGACUAUUGUUGUAGGUGGGACCUUCACAUGGACUGGCAUCUAUGGGGUCAACCAGUCCCAAGUACAGAGAUACAUUUCAUGCAAAAACAGGUUCCAUGCAAAACUGUCCCUCUACAUCAACCUCGUGGGCCUCUGGGCGAUAUUGAGCAGCGCAGCGCUGUGUGGCCUGUCCCUCUACUCCAUCUACAAGGACUGUGACCCAUGGACAUCAAAGAAGGUGUUGGCAUUUGACCAGCUAAUGCCAUACCUAGUGAUGGAUAUUCUCGGUGAUUUUCCAGGAGUGCCAGGGCUUUUUGUGGCUUGUGCCUACAGUGGGACAUUAAGCACAGUGUCCUCCAGCAUCAAUGCUCUCGCUGCUGUGACUGUCGAAGAUCUAAUUAAGCCAUACUUCAAAUCCCUCUCUGAAAAGCAGUUGUCAUGGAUGUCCAUGGGAAUGAGCCUGAUGUUUGGUUUACUAUGCAUUGCUAUGGCUGCACUGGCAUCUCUCCUGGGAGCCAUGUUGCAGGCAGCGCUCAGCAUUUUUGGCAUUAUUGGUGGCCCCCUUUUAGGAAUGUUUGUCUUGGGAAUCCUCGUCUUCUUUGCAAAUGAAUUUGGUGCAUUUGUGGGUCUCCUCAGUGGCUUUUGUGUUUCCCUUUGGGUUGGAAUCGGAUCUCAGAUUUAUCCUCCAAGCCGGAACAGGACCAAGCCACUACACCUCUCGGUUGCAGGCUGCAAUAUGUCCUCACUAAAUUUGACAACAGGAGUAACUGCUCAGAGAUGAACACUUUUUUUGCUCUUUUUCAGGCCAGCCAUAGCAGAGUUUUAUUCCUUGUCUUACCUCUACUUCAGCGCAAUUGGGACACUUACCACAGUAAUUGUGGGAAUAACUGUCAGCCUCCUAACAGGAGGACUAAAGCAGAACAUAGAUGAAAAAUUCCUGCUAACCAAGGAAGAUUUCAUGUCCAACUUCACAGGGCUUAAAGCCAUGAUAGCAGAGAAACGGCAGAAAUGGCAGGAGCGUCAGGACCGGCAGAAGCAGUUUACUGAGGCAGAUGAUGGAGCUGUCAACCCUGCUUUCAACCAAAUGGAAAUGGAGGAUACUAACAAAUAA